AUGCAACUCCUUCCUCUCCUCUUCACGGCGGCGCUCGCAGGAGCAUCAGCUGUGCCGAAAUGGGACUUUGUCUUCGACGUCGGCGAAACCGAUGCCUCCGGAACCGUCGCCAGCAUCGGCCUCUCGCACCAGCCCGCCCACGCCCGCGUCAACAACGCCCCCAUGAUCGUCUGGGAGCACCGCUUCUACGGCAAGUCGUAUCCCUCGACACUCCCCGCCACCAUCAGCCCCGACGACAUUGCCGGCUACCUCAGCUUCCUCACCGUCGAGCAGGCGCUCGAGGACGCUGCCGUCUUUGCGCGCACCUUCAAGUGGAAGAACGCAGUCACCUCGCCCGGCCAGGUGCCCUGGAUCUUUGUCGGCGGCAGCUACCCCGGCGCCCGCGCGGCCUGGGCGCGAAAGCGUAACCCUGAGAUCUGGUAUGCGUCGCUGGCCAGCAGUGCGGUUGUCGAGUCGGCGUCGCAGAAUCCGUGGUACUUUGAGCUGCAGCUGAAGGCGAUGCGCGAGAACGGCUUCAAGCCGUGUGCGGACGACCUGGUGGCCAUGGCCAAGUGGAUCGAUGACACCGACGACGAGUCAAAGAUCAUGGACUGGCUGAAGGUGUUCAACGGCACGAGCGAGGCCGUGGCGAAGGCGCUGAACCUCGACGUUCUGGAGGCCGCGGGGACGGAGAAUGAGCCAUUCCUGCUGGGGGAGAAGGUCACGUAUGUGACCCGCGCGAUGCUCGCCGAGUACCAGAGCGUGGGCUUCCAGAAGUCGCCCUACACCCGCAACGAUUUCCAGUACUUUUGCGGGCUCAUGGGCGAGGCCAGCAACAACUCGACUGGGGGCGUCUUUGGCACCCUCACCGCCGAGAACGCGGUCACAACCUUCGCAAGGGCCGCCGGACAGACCGCCGACCGCAUGCUGCGCCUGAGCGGCGGCAACAAGUCGAAGCGUGACAUCGACAAUCUCCUGGGCCCGCGCAGUCUUGACUACCUCCAGAUUCUGCACAAGCGCGGAGGAGCAGAGAGCGGGAGACUGAGCGCACGCCAGCAGACCGACGAGGGGGACGAGUAUCCGCCCUGUGCCGCAGACCCCGAUACAUGCCGGCAGGCUGUGCAAAAGUUGAUCACCAGCUGGGCGUACCAGGUGUGCACCGACGUUGGCCUCCUGCUGACCGUGCCACCGACGGGCGACUCCAUCUACCCGCGCAAGUACAACAGCUACGAGUACAUGCGCGAGUACUGGUGCCUCAACAGCUUCAACAUCACCGCCCCGCCCGGCCGCGACCUCGUCCGCAAAUACGGCGGCUGGAACAUGGCCAGCAGCAACACCCUAUUUGUCGACGGUGAGUUCGACCCCUGGAUCGGCGCCUCCGUCAAUAGUCCGGUCGCCGAGGCCAAGGGCCGCCCGAGGACUGAGGUCGUCCCCGCAGCCGGACAGGUUAUGACCGACACGGUCUUUGGAAUGGUCGUCGAGGGUGGUGCACAUUGCCCCGAUCUCGGUCGUGGCUGGAAUGCGAGCGGUCGUCCGGCGUUUGAGUUGUGGAAUAAGGCUCUGGCUACGUGGUUGCCCAAGUUUGAGAACCACACUGUGAGCAACACGACGGCGGGCACGGGUCCGGAGGUAAGUAGGAGCGGCAGCGGGUCUUUGGGUUCCGGGUCGGGGUCGGGCAACGAUGAGAACGGCGCUGCUGGAAGGGCGGCGGGAGUGGUGUUUGCGGCGGUGAUGGCGGUGGCGGUGAUGGUUGUGGUUUAG